CUCCAAACUUUUGGCUCUCCUUUCCCCUAAAACCUGUAUAUAAGAUGCUCUGACGAUGUUUCCUUCAUCAAUUCACCGAGUUUUCUAUAUCUCCCAUUUACACUACUACUCAGAAGAAAACUAAGAGAGCGAUUGAAGCAUCGACGAAGAUGAGUUCAACAAGCAGAGCAUGGAUCGUAGCAGCUAGUGUUGGAGCUGUGGAGGCCUUGAAGGACCAAGGAAUCUGCAGAUGGAACUACACAUUAAGAUCAAUCCAUCAACAUGCCAGAGAACAAGUGAGGUCAAUUUCUCAGGCUAAAAAGCUCUCUUCUCAGUCUUCUGCGAUGGUUUCGAAUAAAUUGAAGGAAGAGAAAGCAAGGAAAUCAGAGGAGUCGCUUAGGAAAGUCAUGUACUUGAGUUGUUGGGGUCCUAACUGAAGUACUGUUAUUUACUCGAUCAAUUAGAGAUGAUUGUGACUGGAAAUUAAGUUUGUACGAAAGGGAAAUUGCUCUAUCAAAUCCCAAUCAAAAAAUUUUGACAAAAUUGUUACAUGACUAUGAUUUCGUUCCUUGCUGUU